GCGGCGCGCCUCCCGAGCCGAGGCACUACCGUCGGCGUCGGGCUGCGCCUGCGUAUGUGUCGGAUUCUAGCAGUCGUGGACACCUACCUAGCUUGCUAGCUUUGUAUAUAAAUAUAUAUUUUGUACUUGACAGACACGUGGAUCGGGUCGCUGUGUACAAGCGGUUGACGGAAGCGUGUGGGCUGCGCGGGCCACAGAGAGGAGGACAUGAGUACGGCCAAACCAAGUGGGAUCAAAAUCCCAAGCAAGAUCACCCGGCCGGGGGUAGCACCUGCCAAGACCGCCCCCAGCGCUGCUGGAGCCAAAGCAGCGGCGGCCUACAAGCCUUCAUCCGGCCCCCCCGAAGGGGAGCUCCAGGGGUCUGGGGAGACCUACCAGGUGGGCGACCGAGUAUGGGUGAACGGCAACAAGCCGGGGGUGGUGCAGUUCCUGGGCGAGGCCCAGUUCGCCCCGGGCCAGUGGGCGGGCGUGGUGCUGGACGAGGCCAUCGGGAAGAACGACGGCUCGGUGGCGGGCGUGCGCUACUUCCAGUGCGAGGCCAUGCGGGGGAUCUUCACCCGGCCGUCCAAGCUGUCCCGGACGGAGGGCGAGGAGAACGGCACCCAGACGGCCCCUCCCUCGCGCGCCGGCUCGCCCACGCCCUCGGUCACCAGCGUGGCCUCCCGCACGCCAGCGGCCAAACCGGCCGCCGCCAAGACGGUGGCGGCGCCUUCCACGCCGGCGAUGACGGCGUCCAAUUUGGCGAGCAUCAACAGCGAGUCCAUCUCCAACCUAUCAGAGACCGGCUCGGUCAAGAAAGAGAGGGAGUUGAAGAUGAACGAUCGUGUUCUGGUUGGCGGUACAAAGGCUGGGGUGGUGCGCUUCCUGGGAGAAACAGACUUUGCCAAAGGAGAUUGGUGCGGUGUGGAACUGGACGAACCGCUAGGGAAGAAUGAUGGAGCAGUAGCAGGCACAAGGUACUUUCAGUGCCAGCCCAAGUAUGGCCUGUUUGCACCGGUUCACAAGGUCACCCGCAUCGGCUUCCCCUCCACCACCCCUGCCAAGGCAAAGACCGUCGCGCGGAAGAUCCCCGCCUCGACGCCCACGCCCACGGGCCUGAAGCGCAGCCCCAGCGCCAGCUCCAUCAGUACCAUGAGCUCCGUGGCCUCUUCAGUCAGCGCCAAGCCCAGCCGCACCGGCCUGCUGACGGAGACAUCGUCGCGCUACAGCCGUAAGAUCUCGGGCACCACGGCGCUGCAGGAGGCGCUGAAGGAGAAGCAGCAGCACAUCGAGCAGCUCAUGGCCGAGAGGGACAUGGAGAGGGCCGAGGUGGCCAAGGCCACCAGCCACGUGGGGGAGGUGGAGCAGGAGCUCAACCUGCUGCGGGACGACCAGGACCAGAUGGAGUCCAAAAUGGACCAGCUGCGAGCCCUGGUGGAGGCAGCGGACAAGGAGAAGGUGGAACUGCUGAACCACCUGGAGGAGGAGAAGAGGAAGGUUGAGGACCUUCAGUUCCGUGUAGAAGAAGCGUGUAUUACCAAGGGUGACCUGGAGACGCAGACCAAACUGGAGCAUGCCCACAUUAAGGAGCUCGAGCAGAGCCUGCUCUUUGAAAAGACCAAAGCUGACAAACUCCAAAGGGAGCUAGAAGACACUAGGGUCGUUACCGUGUCCGAGAAGUCUCGCAUCAUGGAGCUGGAGCGAGACCUGUCCCUCAAGGGGGGGGAGGUGGCCGACCUGCGGCUGCGUCUGGAGAGCCAGCAGGGCCCCGGCGACCCGGAGCCCUCCCCUCUGCUGGAGGAGAUCAGCUCGCUGCGGGCGCAGCUCACCUCCCUGGAGGCCCGGCGGCUGGAGGAGACGCAGACGCUCGGCGAGAAGCUGGAGGGCCAGGAGAGGGCCCACGCCGAGAGCCUGGCCCAGGUCCAGGUGGCCUCGGUCCGGCUCACGGGGGACAAGCAGCAGCUGCAGGACCGCCUGAGCCAGGCGGAGAAGGCGAGCGCCGACGUGGCGGAGCUGUGGCGCUCCAAGCUGGAGUCGGCCCUGGCCUCCCACCAGGCGGCCAUGGAGGAGCUGAAGGCGUCCCUCAGCAAGGGCGCCGGCGCCCAGACGGAGGAGCUGGUGGCCACCAGGACCACGCUGGAGCGGCUGAAGGUGGAGCACAAGACGGCCCUGGAGGAGGCGGCCGCCCGGCACGAGGCCAGCGGCACGGACUGGUUCACGGAGAGGGAGGCGCUGAAGGCCCGGCUGCUGGGGCUGACCGAGGAGAAGGAGAGGCUGGAGGAGGCGCUGCACUCCAAGGUGGAGCGGGCGGAGGAGCAGCACCUGGUAGAGAUGGAGGAGGUCCUGGGGAAGCUGCACGCCGGCGAGCUGGCGCUGAAGGAGGCGGACAAGGACAAGGAGACCCAGGAGGCGGAGCUGAAGAGCCUGAAACACAAGUUGACAGAGAAUGCAGAGGAACAGACGAUAUCUGCCAAAAAUGUGCAAGAAAUGCAUGAUAAUCUCAGCAAGAAGGAGGAGCAGUGCACAUCACUGACCACUGAAUCCGAAACCCUUAGAAGUCAACUUGCAGGCCUGGAGAGGAAGCUCAAGACCGGGGAGGAGAAGGUGGAGCAGCUGGCAAAAGACAAGGCCCAGCUGGAAGGGGACAUCUCAAACAUGAUGAAGUCCUCUGGAGACAGCUCUGAGCAGCUCACCAAGAUGAACCAAGACAUCACGCAGAAGCAAAGGAGGGUAGAGGAGCUGCAGAGCCAGCUGGCGGAGGAGAAGGAGCGGGUAGCACACCUCACCGAGCAGCAGGAGCAGGAGCUCUCCAGAAGAGAGCAGCAGCUGGCCGAGACCAAGGACACCUUCUCGGCUCAAGCCUCCUCCCUCCAGGAGAAGAUCGUCCACUUGGAGAAGACCAUCCAACAAGGUGAAGCUCUGGUCGAGGAGCUGAAGGAGGCCCAGAAGAAGGCCUCCGAGCAGGCGUCUGAGCUCCACGCCAAGGAGUUGGAGGCCCUGCGGGCGGAGCUCAGCUCCUCCAGGAGCACAGCCCAGGAGCUGGAGAAGGAGGUCUCUGAGCUCCGGCCAUUGAAGGAGCAGUCUGAGCGUCUAUCAGCUGACGUUCAUUCCUCCCGCCAGGACGUUGAGCAGUUGUCCCAGAAAGCGGCGACGCAGAGUGUAGCUCUAGAGCAGGCGUGUAAGGAGAGUGAGCAGAGUAAGGUCCAGAAAGAGGCUCUAGAAAAGCAGCUUGCUGAGGUACAGGCCAAGCUGGCUGCACUGGAGGUCAGCCACAAGGAGGUUUCCCUCAAGAACGAGUCGUUGCAAACCACGACGGAUAAGCUCCUUAAUGACAACAAGCAGUCGGACGGGGUGAAGGGCUCUCUGGGUAAGGAGUUGGAAAAGGUUAAAAACCUUCUCCAGGAGAGACAAGCGGAAAAUCAAACCCUGAAGCAAGCGAAUCGUGAACAAGAGACCCAGCUUGAAGACCUUCGUAGAGAGAGCUCAGACCAACAGGAGACACUGCAGAAGCAUCAGCAGGACCUGCAGCAGUUGGAGUCGAAGAAGAAGCAGCUUCUAGAGGACUAUGAAGGCGUCUGCAAAGAGAGGAGCCGACUUCAGGAGGAGCUCCAGGAGAACGUGUCAAUGUCGACCCUGGAGCGGGAAACCCUCGUUUCGGAGAGAGACUCGGCCCGAAACUCCAAAAAAGCACUUGAUCUUAAAAACUCAGAGCUGCAGGCGAAGCUUCAGUCCUUGAGCUUGGAGAAGGAAGAUCUCACCAUGAAGAACAGCCAGCUGCAAGCCGCGACCGAAACGCUGACGAAGGAGAAGGAUGAGAUGUCUGCUCAAAUCAGUGCGGUCACUUCUGAUAAGGAACGCCUCGACGCAGUGAAUGUGGAUCUUCAGAACAGUCUUGGCGCCACCAAGAAGGAUCUGGAGAAGACGACGAGGGAAAAGGACGAGGUCGAGGCCUCCAAACAGAGCAUGGCCAAGAUGCUCGAAGAGUUCAAGAUGAGCAGUCAGGUGACUGACUCCGAGAGGCUCCAGCUCCUGCAGGAGAAGGAGGACAUGCUAGCCGCCCAAAGAAAGGUGAUCUCUGAGAAGGAGGCACUGCUUAAGGAGAAGGAGGAGCUAACGGAAAAGCUUCGGGUCUCGUCUGAGCAAUCGGUCGAGUCCAACGAAAAGGUGAAGGAACUGUCUGCUACUUUUGAACAGCAGAACCAAGCGCUUAAAUUUCAGAUAACAGAACAUGAGAAGGGACUUUGUGCCACGAAGAAGGAUAAAGUGACCCUGGAGUCUUCUCUGGAAAAUGAAAAGAUGGAGAAGGAGAAAUUGGUUAUUGAGGUGAAAGAACUUGAAGAGAAGAACUUGAAAGCCACCUCUGACAAAACGGUUAUUCUGAUGGAGCGAGAUAAGCUAGCGAGUGAACUGCGGACCUUCAAGGAUCAGUUGGAGAGCUCCUCCAAAACAAACACAGACCUUACAGAAGAGAAGUCCAGUUUAACAACGAAAUUGGAUAAAUUGACGAAGAAAAAAGCUCAGGUUGAAGCCAAGAACAAUUCUUUGAAACAAGAAAAAACAGAUCUAGAGAAACAAUUGCAAAAACAUCAGGCUGACAUGGAAGUUCUACAGACGGGAAAAAACGAACUUAUCGAAGAGCAUGACAAGCUGAAAGCAGACGCCGAACAAGUUCGUUUGGAACUUGUGCAGCGGGUGGAGAACCUUACCAAAGAUUGUACUCUGUUCAACUCAAAGCAGGCGGACAAUGAGAAGAACACACAGUUGCUGCAGAAGGAGAAAGAGGGUUUGCUCCAGGAAAUCCAAGAGCUGAAGGGAAAAGUACAAUCAGUGUCAGAGGCAAAGAGUCUUCUGGAGACUCAAGUUGAGGCUGCGACGGAAGAGCGGAAUAAAGCCACUUCCAGCCAGGAUGGCAUCUCUAGACAGAUUGUGGAUCUUCAGACAAAGGUCUCCUCACUGACACAGGUAAACGCUAAGAUGUCUACCACUCUAGAAAGCGAAGUCAAGGAAAAGAAAACCUUAACCCUGCAAGCAGAGGACAUGAGCUCUAAGCUGAAGCUGGUUGAACAAGAGCAGAGUAGUUUGGCAAAAGACAAAGAAGACUUGUCAUCUAAACUUGAGGAACUCCAAAAACAGACCAGCUCCCUGUCUUCAGAGAAGGAAACUCUUUUAGCCGCACAAUGUACGCUUCAGCAGGAUCUAUCUUCGCUCCGCCUUAGCCAGGAGAGUAGCGAUGCAGAACACUCCAGACUCCUGGAGCAGGUAGAGCAGCUCAAAACAGCCAGGGAAAGUCUAGAGGCCAGUACCAAGGUCCUACAAAACGAGAAGGAGCUCUUAGAGAAACAGUGCAAGAGUGUCACUGAGGAGGCGUCAGCGUCCGACCGGGCGAGGGAGGGAAUAACCACCGAUAUGGCUGACCUGAGAGCUCAGAGGGACGCCCUGCAAACACAGAGGGACGAAGCCACCAAGCAGACCAGCUCCCUGUCUUCAGAGAAGGAAACUCUUUUAGCCGCACAAUGUACGCUUCAGCAGGAUCUAUCUUCGCUCCGCCUUAGCCAGGAGAGUAGCGAUGCAGAACACUCCAGACUCCUGGAGCAGGUAGAGCAGCUCAAAACAGCCAGGGAAAGUCUAGAGGCCAGUACCAAGGUCCUACAAAACGAGAAGGAGCUCUUAGAGAAACAGUGCAAGAGUGUCACUGAGGAGGCGUCAGCGUCCGACCGGGCAAGGGAGGGAAUAACCACCGAUAUGGCUGACCUGAGAGCUCAGAGGGACGCCCUGCAAACACAGAGGGACGAAGCCACCAAGCAAGUGGCCCUGCUUGACGCCCAGCUCAAACUUGCUCUAUCUAAGCAGCUUGAGGCUGCAGAUGCCUCUAGUAACUCUGUGGAGUCCCUGGAGCGACUGGCCCACGAGAAGAGCGCUCUGCAGCAGGAGAUGAGCCAGGCCAAGGCGUCGCUCGAACAGCUCACGCUCUCCAAGAAGGAGAUGGAGUCACAGCUGGGCGUUUUGAAGCAGCAAAAUACCAAGCAUCAAGAAGAUCUGAACGUAUCGAAAGAGAAGCUGGAAUCCGAUGCUCAGCGAAUCAAGACUCUCUCCCAGGAGAUUGAGGACCUUAAAGACAAGUCUACCUCACUGGAAGCCUUGCAAGAGGAGAACCACAGGCUGAGCCAGCAACUGGAGAGCGACCAGCAGAAGAACAGUGACCUCGUGCAGGUGCAGCACCUCAAUGACAAGCUGGAGGGAGAUCACUCUCAGCUAAAAAAGAAGUUUGAGGAGCUAAAGCAAAGUGAGAGCACCUUAAAGAAGCAGCUGGAGAAGGAGAAGCGGUCUCCUGUGGGGACCGGCAAGCAUUCCACCUCAAAGAGUGCCUUAAACUCUGAGAAGGAGCUGGAGGCCCUGAGGAAAGAGCUCGCGGUGCUGCGUGGGGAGAGCUCCAAGAUGAAGGGUCUGCAGGACUCCGUGAAGGCCCUGGAGAAGGACAAGACCGGCCUCCAGGGACAGGUCCAGAACCUGGAGAAGGACGUAGCAGCAGCACGCGUCCCUCAACCCACAGGGGAUGCCGUCGUGGACAAGCUGAGGGAGGACAUGGACAUGGCGGAGAGCCAGAUCCAGUUCCUGAACUCGGUCAUCGUGGACCUGCAGCAGAGAAACAAGGAGCAGAAGGAGAAGCUGGAGACCCUGGCCACCGCCGCCCUCAACGGGAACAACCCCAGCGAGUUGGAUAACUACAACGGCUCCAACCAGGAGCCGGUGAAGAAGAAGGUCCCCCCGCGGUUGUUCUGUGACAUCUGCGACUGCUUCGACCUGCACGACACCGAGGACUGCCCCACCCAGGAGCAGAUGCCCGACUCCCCACCGCACAGCACCUACCACGGCAGCAAGGGCGACGAGCGGCCCUACUGCGACAUCUGCGAGGCGUUCGGCCACCCCACCGACUCCUGCAACGACGACCAGACCUUCUGAGGGGGGGGUUCCCACCAUUACUAUAUUUGCACAUUAAUUGUUUUGCAGUGCUGCUUUGUGGAGGGGGUUUAGAGUGUGUGUGUGUGUGUGUGUGUGUGUGUGUGUGUGUGUGUGUGUGUGUGUGUGUGUGUGUGUGUGUGUGUGUGUGUGUGUGUGUGUGUGUGUGUGUGUGUGUGUGUGUGUGUGUGUGUGUGUGUGUGAGAGACACCCAGCGCCUUCAUAUCCCAAGCCAAACCUUUCUCAAAGCGCUAUUACUGGGUGUCUCUCCCCUGACGUGUCGCACAAUCUUUUUACUGCAAAGAAAAUCGAAAUGCGUAUGCAUUGUGUUCUGCCCUUUUUUAAUAUGAGGGUGUACAUGCAUACGUGUUGCUGUCCUUUGUUUGUUUUAGGAUGCUAGGUCGCUUUGGGGCAAUAAGGGUAGGAGUUGGUUCCUUGCUCUGUUGUCCAUGCCAGAAUAUUCUCACACAUCUUCAAAGGGGCUACAGAUGUUAUAUCACAAGAGGUUUAUUUGAAACUAGAUUCCUUGACCUGGACUAGGGUUUGU